AUCGUCGAUCCAAGUUGGUAGUAGCACAUUCGCUGUGCAGUACUGCGAGUGUUGCAACCGUUACGUAGUGCAUCUUUUGAUACUGCAGAAAUUCUUUAAGUAUAGAUAAGACUCAACCGCUUCUGGAGUCACGUAAAUACCUCCAAAAUUCAUCGUGAGCUGAUGAGAGAUUGCAUUUUUUACCAAGAAAAAAUCCUAAUUUCAAAUUCCGCUUUCCUUAUUUACCAGAAAAGAAUCUGGCAUAGUGUUCCGACCAAUCGGAAGUCGCUUUAGAAGCACUUUAAAACGUGAAUUCAUCUCUAUAAAAGGCGAUUCAUUGAAUAAGAGUUGGACUUCGUUCUGCUGCUCCUGCAAGAAAAAAUACCAUCCAUCCAUUCGCUUUUAAUGACACAUUGUAGCACUCCGCUUCGGGAUCGCGUUACAUCACGUUGUACAAGAGCCUACGUGCGUCAUUAUAGCGAGAUAAGGAGCCACGAAGCAUGGAGAAGCCCAUUGUUCGCGCGAGAGUAGUGAAGGUCCUGGGCAGGACAGGCUCCCAGGGACAAUGCACGCAGGUCAAAGUGGAGUUCUUGAACGAGCAGAACAGACAGCUUAUCAGGAAUGUCAAGGGUCCCGUACGCGAGGGAGACAUCCUCACGUUGCUAGAAUCCGAGCGAGAAGCCAGAAGACUCCGCUAAACUGAUGGGAUCUUGACGUAUCUUGCCGCAUAUGAGAACUGAUGGUGUCCCCGGCUAUGCUGAAAUUAGAUCUGAACGUUUAUUAUACUCUGACAGCGAAAACAAAGAAUGAGAAACUUCCCUUCCCGGAUGAUUUUUAUUUUAUUACUUUGGAAAUUUUGUAUCAUUGAUUUUGGUCCUCUUCGGGUACCUUAGCUUUUUAAUAAAUUGAUUCGUCAUGUA